AUGGCGCCUCACGGUCGCGUGCAGGACUUCAACUUUGAUCUAGAAACCAUUGCCCCCUUUGUGGAGAGCUUCGCAAACAAGACGGGCAUUCCUGUUGGAGGUAUUUGCCAAGAUGUUUCUUGCGUGGAUUUGAUUUGGAAGGAUAGCCCAAACACACAAGAAGAGCCGUACACCUUGGAGGCACUGCUUGCCUGGGAUUGGAAACGCUCAGCUGACCUUCACUGCUUAGACGCCGGCGCGCGGAGACAGGUCUCUCCGACCAGUGACAUCAAUCCUCCCAGCCCGCCGGACUGGAAGGAGGGAUAUGCAGAGUUCAAGCAUACCAAGGCACGAGCACAAAGUAUUGGUCGCAUUUGGUCACUGUGUUCGAAAGAUGAACGUAUUGCAACAAUCAGAAAUAGUAAGAAACUAAUUCGUUGA